GAACUGGGUCUUACUGCCCGUGCCACAGACGCCUGCCCUGUUUGCUGCUCUCAAGUUGCUCCUGACCUGUACUGGAAAAGUUCUGCUGCCAAGGUUACAAGGACACCUGCUCUUUUACGCAAACUACUGCUUUCUAUUCCUGACCACAGCCAUCAUGCCCAGAGGAAAGAAGAGUAAGGCCCGUGCUCGUGAGAAACGCCGCCAGGUCCAGGAUGAGGCCCAGGGGCUAACAGAUGCUCAAGCCAAGGCAGGAGGGAAAGGAGAGUCACCUGUCUGCUCUGAUCAUGAGUCUGGAGAUGCUGUUGCAAGCACCUCUACUGCUGGCUUCCAAAAGGGCAGGGUAUCUACCGCCUCUGCUGGUAAAGGCAUGGCCUGCAAAAGGUCUGGAAAAGGUGCAAAUUGCCAAGAAGAGAAAAAUGGUAGUUUUUGUAGGGCCCCACUCUCCUCCAGAGGCAAACAGAUGGAUCUUCUAUCAAGGAAAACAGGAAUGCUGGUAGAGUACAUGCUCUACAAGUACAAAAUUAAGGAGCCUGCAAGGAGGGGAGAAAUGCUCCAGCUUGUGAACAAAAGGUUCAAGGAGCAGUUCCCUGAGAUCUUCAAAAAAGCCUCCUAUCAAUUAGAUAUGGUUUUUGGCAUUGAGUUGAAAGAAGUCCAGCCCCAUGGUCAAACCUACAUUCUUGUCAGUAAGCUAGAUUUCCAGGAUGAUGGAAGUGAGAGCAGUGAGCUGGGUGUUCCUACUAGGGGGAUUCUGAUCCCUCUCCUAAGUGUGAUCUAUUUAAAUGGUUACUGUGCCCCAGAGGAAAAGGUCUGGCACUUCCUGAGUAUGUUAGGAGUCUAUGAUGGGGUCCCACACUUCAUCUUUGGGGAUGCAAGGAAGCUCAUCACUGAAGAGCUAGUGCAGGAAAACUACCUAGAAUACCGUCAGGUUCCUGAUAGUGAUCCUCCAUGCUAUCAGUUCCUGUGGGGUCCAAAAGCUUAUGCUGAAUACAGCAAGAGAAGAGUGAUGGACUUUUUAUGUAAGAUUGGUGAAACCAUGCCCACUGCUUACUCAUCUAGUUAUGAACAGGCUUUGAUUGAAGAGGAAGAGAAAGCUCAAGCCAAAGCUGCAGCCAAGGCUGGCACUAAGGGCAAAGCCAAGGGACACUCUAAGGCCAAGUCAGGCAAUUUUACUGGCUAG